GUAGUUCAGUCAUGCCGCGUGCACACGAACGUCUCAUUGCAGGGUUCGAAGUGGCGUUUAUUUGUUGGAGCUCGUCCUGAUGAACUGAAGUCCCCGCUGGAGUCGUUUCGGUCUGUAGGUAUCUAGAUAAAUCUCAAGCUUUCUGUUAAUUGUAAAUGCUGCAUUGUUCUGUAAGUGUAUAUUAUCAGGAAACAGUGAAUGUCGUUUAUCGAGAAAACAGGCGUUGCUCAGUUUCUUUACGUCUCCGUGGCGUCAGCUGUUAGCCCACAGGCAGCGGCAGCUCGGGCUCACCUGAGCGGAAAGGUAGUUCACCGGUUUAACAGGUAGAGCAAGACCUGCAGCAUUCCACCAUGCAGACCUGCACAUCCGUCCGUUGCAAUGUUAAACUUUGGCAGGUGUGGCCGAGUGAUUGGUGUAUGGAGGAUUAUGAAACAAACAGGCCUUUUCAGAACAUUUAUGGCGAUGGAAGUGUAGUUUCACUUUUAUUCUGCAACACGGAACAUGUAAGUUUUAAACAAAGUGGUCCAUACCACCAGUUAUUCCUCGGCUUUUGUACUGCAUGUUAGUGCUUGAAUAUUGUCUUGUUGAAUUUUUGUUCCUCAGUGGAACAGUUGUGACGUGAAGCAAUGGGUACUGUGAAGGUGUGUUCUUAUAAAUCCUUGGCAGGCCUGCUUGUAAAAUCUGGAAGGACCAUAAACCAAAAAUGUUUGAUUAAUUUCAAGCUUCAGUAAGAAAUAAUGGAAAUUCAAUUUAAUACAAAUAUGCUAGUAGUAUUUCAGAAUAACGUGACCAUCAAUCAAGGAGUAAGCAUUUUCAGCAUUAAUUUCUACACUCCCUUGAUAUUAUAUAUGUCAACAUUUCAUUUUAGAAACAGUUUUUUGUUGGCCUGUUUGAAGUAACACACUUGGUGAGUAGAUAUACAACUGUGCAGUUUCUGUAAAUGCCACCCAUGAGAAACACAUAUAAGUGAUGUUACUGGAGGUUGUACUUGACAUCUUUAUGUUUUUUGUGGUUAAACAACAAAAAAAGUCAGAAAAAAUCUUAUAAAAGAGAGGAAAAGUAUGACUUGUCCAUGAGUUAUCUAAAACACUUCAGGGUUUGUCUUGACGAACUCACUACAGUAACAGAAGGGCUCCUCCUGAACAUUUCAGCUCCCUUACAGUCAGCAUAAAGAGCUGAUAGGAUCUUUCUCCUGGUAUAUGAAGCUCUCAAAGGUCUAGAAGGGACAGGUUUACAUGUCAGUGAAACUGCUCUCAUGUCACUAAAGUUGUCCUAGUUUAAGUGUUUCUCUAUUUGUGUAAACACACUUGGAGUUUCUGUGCAAAUAUCUGAAAUGGCUGUCUCUUUCCUGUACCACUUUUUUGGUCUGUCUGUUGUCAAUAUAUACAAAUGAAUGAAUUUAUUUUUAGAGAUUAAUCUAAUUGAUCAAACUCUGAUUUGGCUGUAUUUGUUUUAUCUUUUCAGAUGCCUCACUGUACAGAUGUAAGACCACAUCCCUGAUUAGGACUUAAAACCCCCUCAUGAGGGUGAGUUCAUGUCUAACAUCAUAACUAAUGAUUUCUUCCUUGUGUAGCUAACUGGCAAAUCUGAUCUGUUAACAUGUGUACCUUUCCUAUUAAUUUCAGAAAAAAAAGAUGUGUGUGUUGGUGCUGAUUAUGACAAAGAAAAUAGUUAUUUCCUCCAGAGAGGCUUAAGUUCUGUCAGUUUAGAUUUAAACUUAUGUAUUAUUCAGUUUAAUUUGGAGCAUAAUCCCCCAUAUUUUGUUUGCACACAUAGAGAAGUAGAGAAGUUUCAGACUCUGGAAUGUUCAAUUUCAAAAGCAACUGAAAAAAAACACAAACACUGAAGGUAGUUUGAUUCACGAUAGCUGCACUGCAUCAUUUCUUACUCAUGUAACAUUAUAGUUAAAAAAUUACUUAAGAUUUAGAAUUUGGAUCAACCCGCAGGAUGCAGCCAAAAAAGAAGUGGCACUUAAAGCUGAAUAAAACCUUUAACUUUGAAAACAGCCUCUUUCAAACCCCACUAGAAGGGGAGUUAGUGUCUCAAUCGAGCCAUCUCUUGGUUAAAAAACGCCCCAGCUUUGUUAAACAGCUUCAGGCCCAAUAUACCUGGUUUACCCAUUAAUCUCACUUCCUGGUAUACCCCUCUGAUAGCAGAGGCUUUAUCACCUUUUGUUUGACAGUGUAGACCUUGGGACAACAAGAAGGGAUCCUUUCUGAGGAUUUUAGGUGCAGAAAAAGACACAUGGUAAAAGAAGGUCUGAUGAAUAGCUUUCUCUUGAACCCGGAAAUAGUGCAUUUUAAGUGAUCAACAACAUUUGUCACGUUCAAGUCAAAUGUUGAUGUCACAGCAAGCCAGGGUAGAUCAGCUAAGAUUAUUACAGUAGUCUAACUGGAAGGUAACGAAACCAUUAGUGACAGUUUAACAUUUUUGGUGAGUAUCUAAGUUGUUUUUUUUUUCCUAGCUGUCCAUCACCAUGGCAACGCAGAUGUUUAUCCCACAUACGGUGUCAGUCUUUGUGUCCACUGUGCUGUCCCUGCUCAGCCUGACUCUGCUGCUGCUGCUGUGUUUGAUCAAGAAGAAGAGACAGAUGGAGGGAACAUAUAGGCCCAGUGCAGAGGAAAAGAAACAGACUACUGGAGCUGGAUCAGAGAAACCUGGCCUCCCUCUGCCUCUGCCCAAAGAAGAGCGCCUCAUAUGAUGGACCUGACAAAAUGGUCAACCACACUUUCACCCCCUUGACACCAAGAGACAAAACUGGUGGAUCAAUACCACUCCUGUAAAAUGUUACAUGGAUAUAUGUUUGACUAUUGCACCUGAAAUCUUCAGACACACAACACUCUGUCAGUGCUGCACAGUUUACUCUGGGUGACAUCAAGGACCAUGAUCAGACUGCCAGUUGGAUCAGCUGUCUCACUGCACAGAUCGAGGAUGUACAUUAUUUAAUUUUCUGUCUCUGGUCCAAAGUAAACUUAAUGUUGUGUUUGUACGGUUAGUCUAGGAGGUUAGUCUUUCUACUGCUGUAUUAUGUUGGUUGUGUAUUUAUGCGUCACCUAUCUUUUUCACUACACCAAUGAUGAAGGAUUUAAAUGAAACCACACAAAUGAUUAUGAUGCACUUUAUGUCAUGAACUGAGUGGCUUGUUAUGAAAUAAAACAUAGAAAAUAGCAUGUACGCCACCAGAGUAGUUCUAAGUUAAAAUGAAAUGUGCACAUACUGUAUCUGCCCUUUUUCUGCCCCUUGUCUGAGUAACAGCAUGGAGGAACAGUGUUCAAAGAGUUAUGUUUAUCUGGGUUUUUUAAUUAUUUAGACUUUCCCAAAAUGGAUAGAUCACCUGAAAAACGUGUCAGUAUUUUGGAGGGAACAGGUGAUAGAAUGCACAUCUCCUUAAUGUCUCUGUUUUAGCCAUGCACUGUACUUGCCC